AUGCAAAAACCUCAAUUUAUCAUAACAACUAAUAAAAUAGGAGAUGAUAUCACCUAUCAAAAAAGAAAGGAAAUCAUUUACAAAUUCAUUUUGAAGAUUUCAUUAAUAAUCAAUUCUUCUAAUAAAUAUCUCAUCAAAUUAAGUUAAUAUUAAAAUUAAAACAAAAAAAGAUGAUGAUCCUCCAUUUGGGUUUCAAAAUAGGAGUAUUGAUGAUGUUAUAACUGGGUUCACAUUAAAUACUUAUUAAAAUGACCAUAAGAGAAAAAGUCAAAGCAGAUAUCCUUCAUUCAAAUUGGCUAUUAAAGAGAAAGGAUAAACUGAUAAAAUCCCUAAGUAAAUAAAAAAUUAAUCUGAAAAUUGA